AUGAGAGAUGCUUAUCACGACCAAGUUAGCAGCUCAAGUUCCGGCAUUGAUAAUUCAGCCUUACAUUUUAAUGAUGAACCAUUGGAGAAACAUUUCGAAAUUGCGGAAGAACUUGGCAAUGGUCAAUUUGCGGUUGUUCGACGAGUAAUUAAUCGAUCAACCGGUGAGCAGUUCGCAGCAAAAUUUAUCAAAAAACGACGUUAUGCAACUUCACGUCGUGGCGUUACACGUUGUAACAUUGAACGUGAAAUUGAUGUAUUACGUGUUGUUGGUGGCUAUGAAUAUACUAUUAAAUUAUUCGAAGUUUAUGAAACUACAUCUGAUGUUAUCCUGAUUUUGGAACUAGUCUCGGGUGGUGAAUUAUUCGAUUAUGUAUCAGCCAAAGAGUGCCUUGGUGAAACUGAAGCAGCAGCUUUUAUCCAACAAAUUUUAUUUGCUAUCAAACAUCUUCACGAUAAUCACAUCGUUCAUUUGGAUAUUAAGCCAGAGAAUGUAAUGCUCAGGAAGAGAGGUGAAUCAAAGAUUAAACUCAUUGAUUUUGGUCUUUCAAGAAGGAUUUUACCGGGAACGGUUGUUAAAGAUAUGAUAGGUACACCAGAAUUUGUGGCUCCCGAAGUUGUCAAUUAUGAACCCUUAUCAACUGCCACCGAUAUGUGGGCAUUGGGCGUUGUCACCUAUAUAUUAUUAAGUGGUGGUUCACCGUUUCUUGGUGAAACACGUGAUGAAACGUUUGUAAAUAUAUCAGCUGUAAAUUAUCACUUUAGCGAGCGUUAUUUUGAACAUAUUUCACCAUAUGCAAAAGAUUUUAUCAGUCAUCUAUUUAUUCGAGAUCAACGUAAACGAGCCACUGUUGAUGAAUGUCUCAGACAUCCAUGGAUUCGAGGCCCUGAUGGAUUGGUUAAUGAUGUUCGUCAAUACUCGAUGAUUUCGAUGGCACAAAUACGUUCUUUCAAAAUACGCUUAAGAUGGAGGAGAGCUGUAGAUAUCGUAAUAGCUUGCAAUAGAAUGACCGCAGAUGCACGAUCCACCAUACAAAAAGCUUUAGAAGCUGGUCGAUCGGUCAGUUCACGAUUCGAUCCUGAAGAAUUAAUCGUCUCAGCAAUGCUAAUUGCAUGUGAAGAAGGUAAUUUAGCAGGACUUGAUCAAUUGGCUGUAUUACAUCGAAUCAAUUUAAAUAUUGCUAAUCGGAUGGGUGAAACAGCGAUGCAUGUAGCUGCAGGUGCAGGACAAUUUGAUGUUGUACAUUAUUUGCAUAUGAAAGGUGCUGCAUUAGAUGUACCUGAUCGACGUGGUGAUACACCACUCUUUUGGGCGACACGGAAUGGUCGUACUAACAUCGUAAGCUAUAUUAUCAAUGAGGAAAAUGUGAACAUUAAUGCUGUCAACAAGAAUAAUGAAAGUGUACUUCAUGUAGCAACUCGUUAUGCGCAACUUGAAUCGGCGCUAUUGUUAGUUGAACAUGGAGCUAACUCAUCGUUACAAGAUGAGCAUAAUGAGACAGCAUUGCAUAUUGCAAGUUGGCAUGGAUAUGCAGCACUUCUUGGGAUAUUAUGCAAGUUCAAUCCACCUCUUCAUCUCAAAAAUCAGGAUGGUGAGACAGCUUUACAUUGUGCAGCAGCUCGUGGACAUGCGGAAUGUGUCCAGUCAUUGCUGGAUGCUGGUACACCGGUAGAUGCUACUGAUCAGAGUGGACAAACAGCGUUACAUCUUGCUUUAAGGCGUUCACAAAUUGACAUUGCAUUACUUCUGUUAACAAAAGGUUGCAAAUUGGAUGUACAAGAUGAGAAUGGUGACACAGCUUUGCACAUUGCCUCUCGCAUUGGACUUCUAUCGGUUGUUCAAACGCUUUGUCAUCUUGGUGCUCUUGUCGACAUUGUUAAUCAGAAUUCAUUAACACCACUACAUCUUGCUGCUAAAGAAGGUCACAUUGAAAUUGUUCGUUGUUUAUGCUUUUUUGGCGCAAACGUUCUUCGAAAAAAUAAGGACGGACUUACAGCUGAAAUUAUUGCGCUUGCUCAAGAGCAUACACAAAUUGGUACACUUUUAGCGAAAAUGAAAUUAGAUCAAACACGUGAUACUUACGUGGAACAAUUAUGUCCUUUGGAAAUGCCAUUACGUCGAAUUAAAUUGAAAGUAUUUGGACAUUGUGGUGUUGGUAAAACUCGAUUAAUAUGUUCACUUCAAUGUGGUAGCAUGAUUGGUUCUAUAAUUGGUGCUGUUCAACGACGUUUUUCAGAUAAUCCAUCUCCUUCUUCCUCAACAACUACAUCAAAUCCCUCGCAAGAUGAAGGGAUCAAUUCAUUUGAUGAUUCAGUGGAAUCGAAUAAUAAUAUGAAAGGUAAUCGAAGGCGAACAGUGCCACAUGUACAGUAUACUCGUGGAAUUGAUGUACAAAAUGUUACAUUACAAGGAUGUGGUGAAUUUUCGGUGUGGGAAUUUGGUGGUUAUGAACCAUAUCAUAUGGCAUACGAUCAUUUUGUUGGUAAUACUGAUUGUGUUCAUGUAAUUGUAUAUCGUUGUACCGAUCCGACAGAGAUACAAUACAAACAAGUGCUUUAUUGGAUGAAUUUCUUGAAGGGACGUGUCACACCAAGUGAACCGAUUGGACAUUGCGGAAUCAUUUCACGAAGAAGCAAGGUUAUAAUAAUUGGUAGUCAUGCGACGCCAGCACUUUUUCCGCAACGGAACAGCGAUGGCGAUUACAUUUCAUCAGAUGGUGACGCAAUGCUGAAAACUAUUCGUUUACGUUUUGAGACACAUUUUGAUAUACACGAUCAGUUAAUUCUACUUAAUUCAACUCAAAAUAAUUGCCCAGGGAUGAAAUCACUCAAAGCAUAUCUUUCAAAAGCACGCGAAUCCAUACUUUCGCGAUUGCAAAAACCUUUGGGUUUAUUGGACAUGACUGUACAAUACAUUGUUGGUAUACGUAAGCAGCAUACCUUCUUUCCGGUGAUAACAUGGCCACAUUUUACAAAUUUAGUACGGAAUGAGGUGAAUUCACUAGCAGGUGAUAAUCAUUGUAGACAAUUAAUUCAGCAAUUACAACUUAUUGGCGAGGUUGUCUAUCUACGGGAUGAGGUUUCAGAACUGGAUUAUGUUGUACUAUCACCGGAAUGGCUUGGUACUCAUGUAUUGGGCAAUCUCCUUUCUGCAGAAUUUUUAUCACAGUGUCAUAUGAAUGGUUGUUACUCAAUUGAUGAUUUUGCACCAAUAUAUCCAGAAAUUGCGGAUCCGGCAGAUUUACUACGAAUUUUGGACACGUUACAACUUUGUGCACCCACUGAUUCUGAUGGUGAAGCGGAAUUUGAAUUCCCAGCCUUUAAUAUUUUAAAUCCUCCAAAAGAUAUUUGGCAACGUGAUCGAUUAACAUAUGUUUAUGGUGGAGUACGGGUUUUACCAAUGCGUGGAAUGGAACGUUCACUUCAGAGUACAUUUCCGCGAAUACAAGUUGCAUUACGUCGAUCAAUGCAUGAUUUUCAGGAUCCAAUGGAUGCAGAUUUGAUGCAAUGGAAUGGUUGUAGUAAAAUGAGUUCUGGUCAGAUGGAAGCAUUAGUUCGUUUACAUGGUGAUGCGGUUGAAAUUCAAGUACGUGGUCCAUCUGAAAUAUCCACAUCAUGUUUUUAUUUCUUGGAAGAUAUAACAAAUCUUGUCGAGCAAACAGCUCAAGAAGUAGCACCAGGAAUUUCCCUUGAACGACAUUUCCUUUCACCUAAACAUUUACGAGAACAUUUAGUAAAUCCGGCAGUUUAUGCUCCGGAAACAAUUAUGGCAAUGCAACAAGCCGAAUCGUUGACCAUUCGUAAUAAUCAGGAAGGUGAUGAGUUAUUUACGGACGUUGUAUGUUUCGGAUCACGUGAUGUAGCUGCUGUAUUAACGCUUGGUAUUGACGUUGGAGUUGCACAACUUCAACUUGCAUCACGUUGUGAAUUAGCUGCUCUUUUGGAUCCUUCAGAUGCAAUGGGUAGAGAUUGGUCUAUUCUUGCGGUCAAAUUAAAUCUUACUGAUCAGCUACCAGAAGUAGAUUCAACAGGACAAAGUCUUUCGAGAACCGAUCAACUUUUAGCGGAAUGGGCAUUACAAUGUCCAGAAACAGCAACUGUUGGUCGUUUAUGUACUGUUCUCGAGGAACUUGGAAGGCAGGAUGCUCGAGAUGCCCUUUAUAGGACUGUACCACUCUAUUUGUUUGCUCCGAUAGAUGAGCAACCGGUGGCACAUUUAACGGAAUACGGUGAUUCGGGUGUGGUUUCUUCAACACAAUCAACAAUUGAUCCAUGCUCUGCUUCAAAUCUUUCACGAUAG